AUGGCCCCAGGGCCAAAGCGUUCCGUUGUGAUGGGUGCUUACACCUCAAAUGCUCCCAACUCGAUGCAGACAAGUAUGAUUGGCUCAAGAAAUGUCUCUCUCUCUCUGUUCCUGAAGACUGUGUACUUCUGGCGCGUGAUCUCCACUUCGAAAGAAAGUGCCACUCCAAUAUUGGACAGUGAUCCACCCCCAACAACACCGGCUGCAGUGGAGACAGUGAACCCUUCGUAG